AUGCACGAACUUUCGUUGUAUGGAUCCAUACCUGUAGGAAACCAUGACCACCUCUUACAACAGCUUGCCGGCCUCACGGCCAUGCAGCCACAAGCCGUCCAUGAGAUUCACGUUGUAUUCAAGGGACGUCAAGCUCUGGGCCUGGAGAAGGUGUCAGGAACCGUUGGAGGAGGGAGUGCUGGCACCCAGCAGCAACAGCAGGACCUCCAAAGGCUGAGGACAAUGCUACAGUCAGGCGUUUUUUAUGUGCAAUUGAUCGGGUCUCUUCUACCCCGAGACAACAAGCGCAGUACCGUCACUCGUCAAGGUUCAGGAGAAAAUUCUAUUGGCUGGGAGAACCAAGAAGUUGAGUGGACGUUCGAGUUCAAGGACACCCCCGAAGCCGCGAAACAGUCUGCCAGUACUCGCCUGGUAUCACGUGUGAAAUUCAACCAAGGUGACAUGGUGACUUUUUUAGAUAUGUUCGGAUUUGAGUACGUUAACCGGUAUGUCGUUGAGGGACAAAGAUUCUACCAUCAGGACACCAGCCUUUUUUUGCACCGUGUCCGCAGAUUGCCAGCACCUCGAGACAACGUGAGUGCAACCGACAUUUCCGACCUUCCACCCUGGGCCAAGUUACCGCUCUUCGACGCUAGUGGUACAUAUAUACUACAAGCUAUGGUCGAGAUUGUGGAUGGCAAUACCCAAGAGCUUCGAGAUCGAGCUACGGGGCAACUUCUAGCACUACGAGAUACACUGAAGUCGGAAGUGACCCUAGCUCAGCCUGAUCGGCUCGCUCUGGAUACUCGGGUGCCAAUUACUCGGCGACCAUGA